CAGUUUCGUGACGAAGACAACAACAAGACGAAGGGGCCGAGGAGCGGGUCAUAUUGUCUUUCCUCAUCUUUAUCAAGCUCACAGUCCGGACCACGGGGGAGGGAUCCUAUCCCUAACUUUGUUUUUCUCUCUGCUCCAGACGUUUAUUUUUUCUUUGUUGGAUGCCACAUUAUUGAAUCCAGUUGCCUGCUGAGACUGAGAGGGCCGAGUGAACAGCAGCAAAGAAUGGCUGCAGUGGAAACAGACAAGGAGCUCAACGACUUGCUGGAUUUUAGCGCGAUGUUUGAGCCUCCAGUUUCAAAUGGCAAGAACCGGCCGACUACUCUCGCCAGCAGUCAGUUUGGAGGUUCAGGUAUAGAUGAGAGGAGUGGGUCCAGUCCCUGGGGGCCAGGAGAACAGAACAGUCCGUCUUUCCACCAGGGAAGGGGUUAUGAAGAAGAAGGCCUUUACAGUGAGCAAGAGAGUUUGGCCUCUGCUCCCAUAUUUGGAUCAGGGAUUGUUGGGAAGACUGAGCGAGGACCAUACUCAUCAUUUGCAACACAGCCCACCUUCCUGCCUAGUGAGAUACCCAUGCCUAGUCCUGAUGCCCUUUCCCCAUCUGGCCUGAAGCCCAACUCCCAAUUUUAUUCCUCCUAUGAAGGGAGCAACCCUCGCAGGAGACCCGCACAGGACCCCAUUGAACCACAGCCAAAAAAGAUCAGGAAGGUGCCCCCUGGCCUGCCCUCUUCGGUUUAUGCACCAGCCUCAGCAGAGGAUUUUAACAGGGAUGGUGCUGGCUACCCAGCCUCCAAGCCAGGAAACAUCUACCCACCUUUGUACAUGCAAGAAGGCCUCCACCCACCCUCCGACCCAUGGGGCUCUGUUGGGUCAAUGGUUCAGCCAGGUUAUUCUCCCAUGUUGGGCAACUCCCCCCAUCUGAGCCAGCAUGGCCCCUUCACUGCCAUCAACCCCCAAGACAGACUGAAACGGCAGCCACUACCCCUCUCUCCACAAAACUACCCCCUGCAUGGCAGUGAAGUGAAUGGGGCUCAUCCUGCUGGCUUCCACUCUAGCUCCAGUGGCUUUGGGGGCCCCAGUAGCCAUACACCCCCUAUUGCUGGCACUGACACUAUUAUGGCCAAACGAGGAACAGUGCCUGGGAGUUCGGGUGAUGAGAUCGGAAAGGCCCUGGCAUCUAUCUAUCCUUCAGACCCAAACAGUAACGCCUUUCCUCCGUCCCCUUCUACUCCCUCUGGCUCUCCACGGGCUGUAUCAGGCUCUACAUCCCAGUGGACUCGGUCCUCUGGCCAGGCCACACCUUCACCUAGCUUUGAGGGUGGAAUUCAGUCCAUGCAGAGUAAAAUGGAGGAUCGUCUAGACGAAGCCAUCAAUGUUCUUCAGCGUCACGCCAGCGGACAAGGAGUGACAGGAAUGGCUGAAAUGCACAGUCUGCUGUCGUCUGGCUUAGGGUUACCUCCAGGUUUCAGCAGUGCAGCACUUGGAUUGGUCAGUCGUCUGCCUGGACUGCUGUCCAGUCACCAUGAAGACUCUGUCAGCCUGCCCUCUAGUGGAGGACUUUUGCACAGUCACCAUGGCUCCACAUCUGUCCAGACAGGUUCACUGCCUGAAGGUUUUACCGGCCUGCCUGGUAACCUAAAUCGUUCCGAUGGUGGUGAUAUCAAACAGGAGGAGAGGGAAGAUGAGGAGAACUGCUCCGUUACUGACAAGUCAGGGGAUGAGAAGAAAGAAAUGAAGGCCCGCCUUCGAACAAGCUGCAGCAUUCUCUCUGUGAGUGAUGAGAACCUGACUGCCGAGGAGAAAGAGCAGAGGGAGCGUGAGCGCCGCCUAGCUAACAAUGCUAGGGAGAGGGUGCGUGUUCGCGACAUUAACGAAGCCUUCAGAGAGCUGGGCAGGAUGUGUCAGGUCCACCUGCAAAGCGACAAGGCCCAGACCAAGCUUGUCAUCCUGCAACAGGCUGUCCAGGUCAUCCUGGGCCUGGAGAAACAGGUGCGAGAACGUAAUUUGAACCCAAAAGCUGCUUGCCUGAAGAGGAGAGAGGAGGACAAAGUGUCGGGCAUGGACCCUCAGCUACAGCUGGGCGGGGGUCACCCUGGUCUCGGAGGGGAUGGACACAACCCUGUGAACCAUAUGUAAUUCUCAGUUCCUGUUGAUUGUACAGCCUUUGGAACACGUGGCCUUAAUGUAUCAUUGUCAUGCAUCUCAGUGUGUGUGUUCAACAACUUUUGGAGAGCACACACGCAAACACCUCAUUGCUGACAAAGCAGGUGGCCGCAUUCCUGACGAUGAAUACAAAAGUAACAAGCACAGUCAUACAGAAUAAAUCAUUACAUGACAAUACUUUGAACCAAGGACACUGGUUUGGGGACAGUGGAAGUUGGACAUUGUUUAUUAUCAUGUUUUUGUACAACAUUUUGAAAAAGUUGCUUUACAUGUUGGGGAGCAAAACGUUCUUGGAUCAAAUACAACUUUUCGAUCAAUUGAUCAUGUUGGCAAAUUUAGACUUUGUAUCACUGGAUAGUUAUUGGCAUUCCCAUCUGAGGAGGAGGUCUUACAUUCUUUACAAGCAGAGGGACAUAGAGUUUUUUGAUUUUAUGAUUGAACACAAUCUGCUUCAGUCCUAAAGCAUAGUGUUUGGUGAAGAGAAAUAUAGCCAUUUAUGUUAUCCUCUCAUGGGAGACAUCCUGCCGCUGACUGGGCAAUCAGAGAGCUGACUACUCUUUCUGGUAUGCUGGUAAUUCUGGCUGUAUGUUUUUUCUUGUUUUGUGAAAAGGUGCCACAGUCACAAACCUGUGGCUUCACAUUUUAUGGGAAAUAUAUCUUUCUUUUUAAAUGUGGAUCCCUGAGUCUUAUCUCUCGAAGACCUGUACAUCUGUUAUUGUCACUGCCAUGCAAGUGGGAUGGAAAAAAUGCUGGAGAGAGACUCACACCCAACUCAAACACAAAGACUCUUCACAAAUGCAGGAUUAACAGUGAUGUUGAAUCAAAUGCACCCAGGCAUCCCAGCCUUCCUUCUUUGAGGCUGCCUUUGGAUUUCACCCUCACAUGUUAAACCAUCAUGAUGUCAGUCACUCCGAGGCUCGGUCUCAAAUCCUCCGACUCUGAUACAGCCAGUGUCACAUCAUCCUGCCUACAUCAAUUCAUACUUAAAGUCACUGUUACAGUACGGUGGACUUGCUUAACACAAAUCUCAGAGCAAUUUGUGCUGUGGUAAAUAAUGUUUUGCUAGAGCAAAAUUAACUGAGUAUUAAAAGGGAUCAGGAGUGUUACUGCUACUUUGGCCACUGAUUGACUUGUUUUGAUUAUUGCUCUGUGUUGAGCACUUAUUGUUUUCUUUAUUUUGUCCCAUUUGAACAACUGCAAAACCUGUUGUAAGGAUCUUCCUUUUGUAGAAUUAAUUUCUUUUUUGUUGUUUUAUUUUUUUUACUUUGUAAGAUAGUUGUACCAGUUUUGUUUCAUUCAGAAUGCUUUCAUUUUUUUUUACAUUGUUUAAAUGUAAGACAAUUAUCAAUUUAGAUUCCAGGAACAAAUAUGAGGCGUUUUCCUUUGUGCCAGGUACUUAUAAAUGUUGGAAAUGACUAAAUUAUCUGGCUGUAACAUCACAUGUUGUGAUAUUACUCUUGAAAACAAAAAACAUAAUUCUUGUUUCAACACAAACCUGUCAGUCCGUUUGUUAUUGGAUUGUUCUAGUGUUUGUGACCGUUUUUCUUUAUAUCAAACAAUAUUUUCUCUUCAGCACUCCCUCCACUCCGCUUCCUGAUGUUCAGGUCUCUGAUGGGCUUGUUGAUUAGUUUGAGCGUAGGGAAGUAGGGGCACUCUGCACAAUCUGCAACAUAGCUCAUUGUUUCAUUGUGAUAUGAAGCAUAAAAUGAAUUACAAAGGGUGGCCUUAGUCAUUUUCCUGACUUUGGGAGUUUUGAUAGUGGUUACUCCCCAGUGCCUGAAUACUCCUCUGCUACAUGGUGGAUGAUGUUGCAUUUUAAGGAUUUAUAGGUUGUACUUUUUUUAAUAAUACAGAUAUAUACAAACAUAUAUACUUCACUAACCUCUGACAGUGUCUCAGAACAUCUAAAUGAGGGAUUACAUAAACAGACACUUCUUCCGUGUCAUUAGAUGUAAGUUGACUAAUAACCUGGUCUACAUUUUUGACACUGAUUAAUUUCUCAUCUUUUUAUGUACUGGUUUUGUUCAACAUAAUUUUGUCCUUGACUGGCAUGUGCAUUGAUGUAUGAUAUGUCCUUAUCAGCUUUAUCAUUGUAAGCUGAUACUGAUAUUUAGCAGUAUUUGUUUUACAACUACUUUCACAAACUUUGCCCCGUGGAGUAGCCUCAGACUUGGUCUUGUUGUGAUAUGGAAAAUCGCUACUGAAGACGUGGUAUUUCUUUACAUGAAAGAUUUGUCUAAGUAACCAAGUAUCAAAACAUGCACCUGAUAUUCUUUGUGAACAAGCCCUUUGUCCUCAACAACACAUGGCCUGCUACAGAUCUUUUUUUUUGUCUUCACUGAUGUUUGGGGACAACAUCUAUGUAGGCUACUUCCUCAAAGUGCCUCCAGUUUCCUAUAUUUUAUAUAUAAAGUAGACAUUGAGAACUGUUGUAUAUAUAACAGAAAUGUAGCAAUAAAUGUGCCAUUUUAAUAAUAAACCCUA